AUGGGAAGCCAAGACAAUAACGCGUUGUCAUCAAAUUCAUUUCUAGAUUACAAAUAUGCUAAGGUGUUCGUUGCUGGUCACCGGGGUCUUGUUGGUGCGGCCAUUGUCCGCAAGUUGACCCAACUUGGGUUCACUAAUUUAGUCUUACGUUCUCAUGCUCAGCUUGAUCUCACUCGACAAUCUGAUGUUGAGGCCUUCUUUGCCUCCGAGAAACCUGAAUUUGUCAUUGUAGCUGCAGCCAAAGUUGGUGGCAUCCAUGCCAACAAUACCUACCCUGCUGAUUUCAUUGGUAUCAACCUCCAAAUCCAGACCAAUGUCAUUGAUUCUGCUUAUCGCAAUGGAGCUAAGAAACUAUUGUUUUUGGGUUCCUCUUGCAUUUACCCCAAGUUUGCACCCCAACCGAUUCCAGAAGAUGCUUUGCUUACUGGACCCUUAGAGCCUACAAAUGAAUGGUAUGCUAUUGCCAAGAUUGCUGGGAUCAAAAUGUGCCAAGCUUACAGAAUUCAGUAUAAGUGGGAUGCAAUUUCGGGAAUGCCCACCAACUUAUAUGGACCAUAUGACAAUUUUCACCCUGAGAAUUCGCAUGUGUUACCUGCUCUCAUGAGAAGGUUUCACGAAGCAAAGGUCAAAGGAGCUAAGGAGGUGGUGGUGUGGGGCACGGGGAGUCCAUUGAGGGAGUUCUUGCAUGUUGACGAUUUGGCUGAUGCAGUUGUCUUCAUGAUGGAAAAGUAUAGUGGACUGCAGCAUUUGAAUGUAGGGAGUGGAAAGGAGGUUACUAUUAAGGAAUUGGCUGAGUUGAUGAAGGAAGUGGUGGGAUUUGAGGGGGAUCUUGUCUGGGAUUCUACUAAGCCUGAUGGAACUCCAAGGAAGCUGAUGGAUAGCUCCACACUUGCAAGCCUGGGUUGGACACCAAAAGUCUCCCUUAAGGAUGGUCUUGUUGAUACGUAUAAAUGGUACUUGGAAAACGUGAAUCUAUGA